AUGGCUGAAAAUAACGGUAGCAACAUUAUCAUUUUGAGCUCAAGUUCGAGUUCUGAAAGUGAAAAUGAACAUAAAACAUUCAAAAAAAUUAGAAAAGUUAGGAAAAGUAUUCAGAAGAAAAGAAUAACUGAAGGAAAUCACAUUGAAAACAAUAACAAUAUUGAAUGUUUUACUAACUUGAACCAACAAAAUAAUCCUAAUUCGGCAGCUUCUUAUUCUAUAUCAUCAUCUUCAUCAAAAUUAUCAUCAUCUUCUUCUUCCUCAUCCUCUUCUUCGUCUUCCUCAUCUUUUCAAAAUAACUCGUUUGAAGAUGUAUACUUGGUGAAUGAACAAGAUGAUACAACCAAUAAUAGACAAUUGGAGAAAAGUAAAGAUGAAGAUAGUGACGACAAUGAACAGGUAAUUGAAGUAAUCGACUGUAAUAGUAGUACUAUUAGAGCUAAUUCUAAUACCUUUAGAAGAAAUAAUAGAACUCCAGUCUAUACACAUCCAUCCUCAUCAUCAUCCUCAUCCUCAUCAUCAUCAUCAUCAUCACUACCACACUUUCCUUCGAGAGGAAUUUUUAACAUGUCAUUAAAUGAAUUAUCGGGAAAUGUACCAAAUAAUUUCCCUUUACUUGGUAUAUAUUCUAAUAUUGUAAAUUUUCUAAAUAGAUCAAUGAAUUCUAGUAAUAUAAACAAUCAAAAUAGAAAUCAAGUAAUUGGAAAACCUGUUGAACUAACCCAAGAAGAAAAAGAAAAAGCUGCAAAAUUUACAUGUCCAAUAUGUUUAGAAGAUUGGGACAACAUUAUGUCAAGAACAUUAACUAUUAAUCAAUUUCUCCCUAAUAUUCGUACCCCUGUAGUUAUUACCCGUUGUGGACAUCACUUCUGCCUAAAUUGUGCAGGAAAUCUUGUUCAAAGAAAACAAAAGUGUCCAAGGUGUAGAAGAAAUCUUACUAAGAAAGAUUUCAUUAAUUUUUAUGUAUAA